AUGCCACAAACAGCAGAGGGCGGGCAAGUCCUGAUACAGGAGCUGUUCGCCGAGAACGUGCUCGCAAAAAUCCCCCCAACGGUCUACCCAGAAUUCGUUCCCCAGAACGGCGCAGACGCCGGGCGGUACUUUCUUCGCGAGGCUAGUUUCUGGACAUGCGGGUUCUUUCCUGGGCUUCUCUACACACUCAGGGAGCGCGCGGUCAAGUACCCGCAGGCUUUUCCUUCCCUUGGGGGCAAUGACAAUGAAGCCGGAUCAGCAGCUACCACCGAGGCUCUGCUGGACCGGCUCACCUCCCUGUGUACCGCCUGGACACAGCCCAUUAAGGCCAUGAGAGCGCGCACCGACACGCACGAUAUAGGCUUCAUCUUACAACCGUCCCUGCGGAAGGAGUGGGAGCUGACCUCCAAUCGUGAAAGCCUCGAUGCGCUCAUUACAGGCGCGCACAGUCUCGCCACCCGAUUCGUGCCGUCCGUCGGAGCGAUUCGCAGCUGGGACGCACUGCGACAGGCAGAUAUAGAGAUCACAAGCCUGGAAGAUGACUGCCUUGUUAUCGUCGACAGCAUGAUGAAUCUCGAUCUGCUCUACUAUGCCUCGCAUCAUUCGGGGGAGAGCAAGUUGGCACAUAUCGCGACCACUCACGCGAAGACAGUGAUGCGAUCUCUUCUUCGACACGAAUCACGGCCCGGCAACUAUGGCGGAUACCCGCUGCAUCUAUACUCUACCUAUCACGUGGUCAAUUUCGACCCCAAGACAGGAGAUGUGAAAGCGCACCGCACGGCGCAAGGGUACGCCAAGGAGUCCACCUGGGCACGCGGGCAGGCAUGGGGGAUUACAGGCUUUGCGCAGACGUACAAGUGGACUACGGAGAGGGAAUUCCUUGAAGUUGCGUGCGGACUGGCAGAGUACUUUAUACAUAGACUCGAGACUUCACCCGCAUGCGUGGAGCGGCCAGUGACCCAGCUCGAGCCUUCUGGAGCAGCCAACGGUGGAGGGAGAAAGAUCGGUCGCUACGUCCCCCUCUGGGACUUUGACGCCCCCAUCGAGAACGAGGAGAAUCCGCUCCGCGAUUCCUCGGCUGGAGUCGUCGCGGCGAACGGGAUGCUUUUGCUUUCGCAGUCAUUGGCGGGGAUUGCAGACCUCGCGCCGGAUGGCGAGGCGGCUAGAGAGCUUGAGCUUGCGAACCGAUAUCGCGCCUUCGCGAUGAAAAUCAUGAUUGACGCUCUUGAGUACUCGCUUUCGGAAGAGAAGGCCACUUUGCGCCUUGUUGGCAGUGGUUCUGGCUCGGACGGUGUGCGAGUACAGGUUCAGGAUAUGAUUCCUGGCAAGCGCUUCGACGCCAUUUUGAAGAAUGCCACGGCAAAUCAUAAUUCGCAAGACCAUGAUCGGUACAGCGAUCAUGGGCUGGUCUAUGCGGAUUACUAUCUGCUCGAGUUUGGAAAUCAUUUGUUGCGGAUGGGGUUGGUUUAA